AUGCACUCACUAAUGGACAUGGACAACGCGACAUUGGGAUUUCUUCGGUCGCCAUUUAGUAUUGAUAUACCGCAUGCCUUUGUGUAUAACGAUACACAGAACACAAGGCCAAUAUUCUGUGGACCGUAUAUGGAGACGGUGAAGCUAUUUGCCCAGGUCUAUCAUUAUCAACUGCAGCUGGAUGAGCUUGAGAGUCUGCCCAAGAAGUCGCUUGUUGAGCAGAAAAUAUCCGAUGGCAAUUAUAAUUUAUCACUGCAUGGAGUUCUGGUAAGAUCAGAGAUGGAGGAGAGAUUACCAAACGAAACGGAGCACAGUUAUCCGCUGGAGCUGAUGAGAAACUGUGUAAUGGUGCCUCUUGCACCCGAAUUGCCCAAAUGGAUGUAUGUAGUUUGGCCACUGGGCAGAUACAUUUGGACAUCCCUGUUCUUGGGCAUUUUCUAUAUAGCCUUUCGUAUGCGCUCUCACUGGCGUGAAAAGUCUCCCAAAUCCAUCACACAAAAUAUGCUCUACGCCAUGGCUUUCCUAAUGUACAGUCCGAAUAUGAACAUGAAUUUGAAGCUCAGUAGACCUUCCGUACGGGUGUUAUAUCUAUACUCAUAUAAGCAUUCAUAUUUUGCUAUAUGA